AUGGCGGCAUCAAAUGGCGCUCAAAGCGUGUCAAGGAUGGAGACUUUGCUUGCCCAAUACUCUGCGAGCAUGUCCGGCAAAGAGAUGCGCGUCCUAGCCAGGAAGCCCGUGUUCGGCCAUCCUAACAUCAAUCUUCCUGCAACUCUCGAUCUCGAAUUGCUUGAAAAGAGCUUCUGCGGCCAGUAUGCCAUCAGCAAGCGGCAAAUUAUGGAGUGGCUCACCUCUAGCAAUGUCGUCUACUGCAUCCACGAGGUCAACAAGGCGACCUUCUCGCCCUUGAGGCACCGCCUUCUCCUCCACUUUCCGCGCGGCGAAUGUACCAAGAAACACAUCAAAAACGGUAUCGAUACGCGCAUCGCCGACAUGGCAAUGAAGAUUUCUCACACUGGCCUGAAGCCCUUUCAAGUCGAAACAAAGGAAAUCUGGGGCAUGGCAAACUUCGCAGAGAAAAUGUACAAUGCUAGCAAAGAUGCAUUCUUUUCAAAGCAAUUUGAUAUUGUGGAGAAAGAGAUGCUAGGAUUGCUGUGUUGGAACGCUAAAUCGAAGAAGCGCUGCAGAGCAAGCGAGGAGGUACAGGAGACUCAAUGA